GGUUUGGGGCUGCAGGAUAAUGGAGGUCUGGGGAGCAGUAGUGGAGGAGCCGUUUCCCACUUCGAACCACAGGUGGCCAUGUUGUGCGAUUCGGGGAUGCACGGACAAGAGGCCUACCAUCCCAAGUACAUGACGGAGCAGGGAGAAUGGGUUUCCGACCUCUAUUCCAAAGCAACGUGUUACAAAGAUAAAAUGGACAUUCUCAACUACUGCAAAAAGGUAUAUCCUAAGAGAGACAUAACAAACAUCGUAGAAAGCAGCCAUUACUUGAAGAUCGGAGCUUGGUGUCGAGCUGGAUCGUCAACGGGAGCUCAAACGAGGGGAAAAUGUAAAACAGCGAGAUGGGUGAAACCAUUCAGAUGUUUAGAAGGUCCAUUCCAAUCAGACGCUCUUCUAGUACCUGAAAACUGCAUGUUUGACCAUAUCCAUAAUCAAAGUAACUGUUGGACGUUCGGGCGCUGGAACUCCACAGCUGGAAAUGCCUGUCAAGAGAAAGGACUUCAGCUAAGAUCGUUCGCCAUGCUCCUACCAUGUGGUAUCUCGUUAUUCAGUGGUGUUGAGUUUGUCUGUUGCCCAAAGCAUUUUAAAGAUAAUCUAAAACCAAAGAAGCCUGUGGAUCUGACAAUUUUGAAGAAGGAACAAGAGGCAUUUGAUACCGUAGAUGAUGAUGACGAUGAAGAGUCUGAAGAGGAAAUCGAUAAAGACGAUCUCGAAGACCUUGCUGACGAAACUGAAUUGUCUGAUGAUCCAACCAUUGAUGACGAAGAUGAUGAUGACGACGAUGAUAUUUAUGAUGAAGACAUUGAUUGGGAUACUACUCCUUCCAGUACUACCGCUGGGUAUAAAUCUACAGUACCUUCGACUACUCCAAGUACUACCACCACUGAGAGAACUACUACUAUUGCUACUCCUGAUCCAUACUUUACUCAUUUUGAUCCCAGGAAUGAACAUGAAAGCUACAAACAAGCACAGGAACGACUUGAAGAAACCCACCGUGAAAAAGUCACCAGGGUGAUGAAGGACUGGUCAGAUCUGGAAGAACGAUAUCAAGAUAUGCGACAGACCGAUCCAAGAGGUGCUGACGAAUUCAAACAGAGAAUGACUCAAAGGUUCCAACAGACUGUGCAAGCUCUCGAAGAAGAAGGUGAUGCUGAGAAGCACCAAUUGGCAGCCAUGCAUCAGCAAAGAGUAUUAGCUCAUAUCAACCAAAGAAAGAAGGAAGCUAUGUCAUGUUAUACCCAAGCUUUGAAUGAUGUACCACCAAAUACUCAUCGUGUUCAGAAAUGUCUUCAGAAACUACUCAGAUCACUCCACAAAGACAGAGCUCACGCCAUUAGCCACUACCGCCAUCUUUUGGCUAACAGCAUAGAAGCUGCCGCACGAGAACAACCAAGAACACUUGAACGUUUAACUGAUAUUGAUAGAACCGUUAAUCAAAGUAUGCAGAUGUUACAGAGAUACCCUGAUUUGGCAGCCAAAAUUGGGCAACUCAUGGACGAUUACAUCCAGGCUUUAAGAUCAAAAGAUGAAACUCCUGGUUCUCUAUUGGCUAUGACAUCUGAUGCUGAACAGGCUAUUUUGGACAAAUACAAGUCGGAAGUUGCAACCAAACAAGCCGAACGAGAGCGUCAAAGAAUCCAAGAAAAGGAAAGAAAAGAACAAAGAAAGAAGGAAAAAUCAGAGCUAAAAGAAGAAAAGAAGCGAGUCGAAGAAGCUUUGGGUAAGAAAAUCAGCAAUUUUGAUGAUGAGGAUAUGGAAGAUGAAUCGUUGCCUGAGGAAAAAACAUCCACCACAUCUCUACCUACGUCAGGAAUUACUUUCUCUGAAAUAAUGAGCAACUCAAUAACAGCAACUUCUGAGAACCACAAUGUUGACGAUGCUGCAGUGCAGGAAGCUGUAGAACAAGUCGCUAAAGCUGCCAGUCACAGACAAGACAUCAUAAGAGUAGCACAUGUAAUGAGCCACGAUAUUAGUCACGGUGAACCUACAUAUUCUGUACGACGAGAGAUAUUUGCUCGCAAAGACGGCAAGAGCGUGUACUUCACAUUGGCGUUCGCAGGAAUGGCAUUAAUGGCAGCCUUAGUGGUAGGAGUUGCGGUAGCUAGACGCAAAACAGCCAGAUCUCCCCAGAGCCAAGGCUUCGUCGAGGUAGAUCAAGCAGCUACACCAGAAGAAAGACACGUAGCCAACAUGCAAAUCAACGGCUACGAAAAUCCGACUUACAAGUAUUUUGAAGUUAAAGAGUAAAUUGGUGUGUUAAUUUCGAUCUUUCGGAGCGUAAUUUUUGCCUGGCAGCACAUUUUAGGUAUUAUUUUCUAAAAUGGCAAUGUUGUUUCUCAGUAAGUAAAUACAUACUCAAGUUUCUGCUUUUGUUCACAACUAAAAAUGUUUCUAAGGAAAAUGAUUGCAGUAUUAUUUGAUAUUAACUUUGAUAUUUUUUCUUUGUAAAUAAUUUGGCAGAAUUGUAGUUUGUCAGUACGCGUUACUUGCUGGGAGCCACCAUUGUACCUUUGUUAAGUUUGAUAUUAUUUUGAUGCUACUGGGAAUCUAAUCAUUCCAUUAAUUGUGUGUUACUUGUACUUAAAUAAGCAACUCGAUAAUAAUUCUACAUAUGCAAAAUGAGAUAUACAUAUUUUGAACAAAAAAAAAUUAUGAAAACUUAAUAGGAAGUAAUAAUUUUUGCAUAUGACAGUCCAAUGUUUAAACGUAUUCAUUUAUAUAGCGAAAUAUAUCGGGACGAUGCCCUAACAGACUAACGCGAUACUAGGUAGACAUUGAACAGGUGUAUCGUCCGCGAUAUUUAUAUUAGUUGCUAGAUGUAUAUGGUACCCUCCAUAUUUAAUACCUAAUGAAAAAUUAGAUUAUAAAAAAUGCAUGUUAAUCGACAAGCUUUUGUACAGUCGUUUUAUUUUUGUUAUUGAAUUUAUCAGCUUUAUUCACUAAGUAUAAUUUUAUUACUGAGCUCACGAAUAUCACUGUCAUAGCCAUAUUUAGCCCUAAGCAUCAUUCAACAUUAAGUGCCAUAAUGACAUAUUUUUUCAACAUAGUUCAAUCUAAAUCCUCUACAUUUUACAUUUAAAUAUUAAUUUAGUUUUUGCAAUAAACCUAACCUAAAAUAAACUACACAAUUUGACACUAAAUUGACACUUGACAACUGACACAAAAACUUCUUCCAUAUUUUGAUAAAACAAUUCCCUUCUGUAAUCAAAGCAAUAACAUGGUAUUAUAAUUUUAUAUAGUAACUAGGUACAUUGACACUAAUAUUCUUGAGUCUCACUAACAGAAGAGGUCAAUGGCCGUCUAUAUGUAGCACAAUAUUAAGUCACACCUUCCGAGGAUAGAAGUUAGGGACAGAUAUGUUUAAAGAUAAAGAGUAGAUAGAGAUGUAUUCUGAAAUGAUGGAAAAUGAUAAGUGGUACUUUCUGGGAGGUUGUAUCGGCGGCGAUGGAUGAUUACUUACAGGUAUUGUUAUUUUCGUUAAUUACUGAGUACCUAUUCUUUUCUUUCUCUAUCUUAUUCAAGCAAGAGAAAAUAAAUAGUAAAACGCAGUGUUAGAGAAUUAUAUAGUAGAUGAAGUAACGGGAUAAAUAGUUUACAGUUAUGUGGGAAUAUUCCUUACCUAACCUAACAUAACCUUAAAUAGAUAAAGUAAAGACUUUGAUGGUAUCGUUCCGCCAACACAAGGGAAACGGAUCUCAAAAUAAGCAUAAAAAUGACCAGAUAUCUAUAAGAAAAUCUAUAUAGAAGACAGGCUAGGUUAUAGUAAAUCGAAAUCUUUCUAGAAUAACAGAAGACUAUGCAAAAUAGACCAAUUUAUUGUUUACUUAUUAUAGAUAUUACUGAUAACGGUUUGCCAUCAAAGGUUCGAUUUGUUAAGAAAGUUUUAUUUUCAAUAUUCAUAAUAAUAACAUCGUAUGGCAUUUUUGUCGGAGAAAUUCUUUCGGGCAGGUUCCGGCGCCACUGCAUCUUUAACCCUGUUUGAAGUAACUAAUAGUGUCGAUGCACACUAGCCCAGGGGGACCGACGGCUUAACGUACCCUCCGAAGCACGGUGAACGGCUCGUAUCAUUUUUAGAAAUGAAAAUGUCGUUGUUUGUGCCGAGAUUCGAACUCGUGCGCUCUGACUUAUGAAGCCAGUAGCUUGCCGCUGAGCUAUAUGGUCGUUCACUUCAAUAUUGAUAUAAUACCAUAACCAUAAAUAUUGUAAAACUCAGUUGAAGCACCAGCACCGAGUGAACAUCAUGUUAAUGCCAUAUUUGUGAAACAAUAAUGAUUGUGAAAAAAUCUACUAUUACUGAACCUAAAAGAAUUGUAGAAAUAUCAGAAGGAAUGAUCAAAUGUAUGUGUUUAAAAUUAGUAAUAAACCGUAAAAAUCUGUUUACCGUUUUAGUGGCCUAUUAGAUUUUGUAAAAAACUGCAAAUAUGAUAUGCAGCUGUCAAAUAAUCGUACCCAUACCCAUACAAAUAAAUACAACUAUACUCCGCCCCACAUUGACUUUGCAGUAUAAAGAACAUAGGCAAUGCAGUCCUUAUGAGAGUUUUUAGCGCGGUGAUGCCGAUUUUAUCAAAAAUAAUUUGUAAUCGAACAUUAGAGAGAUUAAAUGAACACUGUUUUAGAAAGGCAAGCUACAAUUUUAGGAUUCAUAUGCUUUAAGUUUAUUUGAUAUAACUAUACUUAUUACGCAUAUGAAUCCUAAAAUUGUAGAUUGCCUUUCUAAAACAGUUUUAAUUUAAUCUCUCUAAUGUUUGAUUACAAAUUCUUUUUGAUAAAAUCGGCAUCACCGCGCUAAAAACUCUCAUAAGGACUGCAUUGCCUAUGUUCCUUAUACUGUAAAGUCAAGGUGGGACGUACUAUAGAACAAAGUUAUAGUGCAGGUCAACUGUCAGAUUUUUUGGCUUUUUAUAACUAUCUUUUACAACUAUAAGCCCCCUUCUAUGGUCUUGGUACUUGCGAUUAAUGCCGUAAAGUAUGUGCAAAAGAAAAGUGUGCUGAUAUUCUUUACUGCGCACUUUAUAGAGGGUUUGUCAUUAUAAAAUGAUUUAAAACUCAUACCCACAAAAUACCUAUAUUCCCACCUUUGUAUUUUAUCUACUGGCAUGAAAAUAUAACAAAAAUGCAUACAUAUACUAAAUACAGAAAUAAAACCCUCAGAACAACCACAAAUUGAGCAUUUUUGGAUUAAUAUAUCAAUAAAAGCAGCAAGGCGCUACAUAAUUUGUAGCGCCAUCCAUAUACAUACUGGAAAUACAAAUGCAAAUAUUGCAUUUAUCUCAAAACUUCGUUUCUGGGCUUAGGCCACUGUUGCUCUGAUAGCCUCAAAGAUAGUUACUGAAAAAGCAAUUAAGGAAUCAAAAGUGCUUUCAAUGAUGCUCUUAAGUCAAAGGUGAAAUAUUCGGUUGACCCAAAUGAUAUACACAUCUAUUAUAUAAUUAAAAACACGUUUUCCUGGACUUUAUCAACUUAUAUUUCAUAUAAACUCUUUCAAACGAAACCUGAUUAUCCCAGAUUUGUCCAAACUUAUCUACAAUUACAUUGAGCUACCAUAGGCUUAAUCAAUCAUUUAGGUAAAAAUUCUGAGUACAAAUUGAAGUGAAACUAAAUGAAACAUAUAGCGGAAAGCUAUAUAUCGUAGACUAAAAGAAUUUUAAAAUUACAAAAAAAACUAAGUCUACUAUCAACUACCAAAGAAGUAAAAUAUUUGAUCAACACAACUGUUUAUCAACCCAACAUAAAUAUUGAAGUACAUCGAGAUAAACUAUAUGUCUUGUUUGAGCUAACUGAAGAUUGGAUAAAUGAUUAAGUAACAAGAUAUUGUAUGGUAAUAUAGCACCGGUAUUCUUUGUUGAUUUGUUAAAAUCAAAGAUAAUGUAUUUGAAUCCAUGAUAUAUACUCAUACCCGUGCAAAUGUUGGAGGGAUUCAAAAAAGUGACAGGCAUAAUAUUCAAACGACGUGGUUGUCGGUUUGAAAUGUAAAUAUUCAACUUAACGAAAAUAACAAUACUGUAUGUAUACUAUUCAAGGUUGAUUGCAAUAAUCAUAUUCUGUUUAGUUAAGAGUCGAUGUUUUAUGUUUUACUCUAACCAUUUGUAGAUAAGACACCCAUUCACAUUAUUAAAGCUUUUUACCCUCUAAGAGAAAAUAUGACCACAGUAUUCUAUGUGUUUUGAUGACAACAUUUGAAAGAUGCACAUAAUUAUGUACUGUAUAUUUGUAAGUUUUAAAAAGCGUGUUUUAAGUCUAAGCACUGUGUUGUGUGACUCGGAACUAGUGCUUAAAACAUAAAGGAAAUUACUUGGAAUGUCUGAAGGUAUAAGCACUAAAUCUGCUACGAUUCCAAAACAGUAUAAAUACUAAUUUGAAAUCAGAGAAGACAUACAAAAGUUGCCAAGCGUAAACUAAACAUUAAUUACUAAACAACAAUAACUUUAUUUACUACAUAAUUUUUUACAUUACUUAUAUCUAAAUGGCCAUCCUUUGCGAAUGAUAAGUUACAUAUAAAUGCUGACCACUAAUCACCCCAGGUAAUUCAAAUUAGCACAAAAUUUAUUGAUUCCUAUUAGAGAUAAAAAUUGAUGCGGUCGGUCAGUGUAUGCUGUUCUACCAAUUAUAUUAGGACAAAUGUGAAUAUUAUUCAAUAAUCGCUCACAAGAUCAUCUAACGAUCAUCUAUCGUCUAUAGUCUAUACCAGUAUAUUAUUAACUAUACCAGUAUUUGCCAAAGGAUCUUCAAUUACAAAGCAACAAUACAGCUUAUACAGCAAUACCAGGAAUUCGAAACAUAGGACGUGAGAAGAUUCAUUAUAAACAGCAUUGAUUGAUUCUCAAAAAUUAAUCUCAACAACAGAAAUAUCUUUAGAACAGUAAGGGAAAGAUGAUGGUGCAGAAGUAAAAGACUUUUAGAUUGGUGUUUAUAAAGCUCAUUAUAUAACUACAAGUAAUAUGGUUUGAACAGGUAAGCUAUGAGGUCACCAAAUGCAGCCAAUGCAGAAUUGAAUGAAGGAAAGGUUUAAAAAAAGGUUGUAAAAGGAUUCAAGCCAGUGUUGUUGUUGAUUGAUGUUAAACCAUAUAGUAUUUAUACUGAAAAUUGGAAUCCAAGUGUUGUAAAGGGUUUUUUCUUGGUGGGUAAGUCAUCAGUGUUUAAGGGAGCUUUUCAAUUGAUAGCUUGAAUCGAUAAAGUACCUUUCUCUUUGUGUUUGCCACUGUUUAAAAUCACUAUCAGAAAGCUAGGAUAUACAAAAAGCGUGUUUGAUGUGCAUAUUUAGUAUUUUCCCAACAAUUUUCAUAAGAAAAAAAUUGUAAAAUAUUUUUACCCAAUAUCAUAUGUAACUAACUGAAUUUCCUAUUAUUCUCUUUUUUGAAUAAAAUGCUGUGUUAUUUCUAUUAGUACCUUUAUCUACCUAAUCUUGAUAGAUUAGUUCAUUUAGGAUAGUUAUUAUAUGUUUUGUGGCCAUGUAAUUUUAAAUUUAAUGUAAUAAAAACUAACUUAUUAUUUUA